ACCUCCCUUGUCCCGGCCCAUUCCCGGCCCUUCUCCCAGCGCUCCCUCCCCUCGGUGGAGGAGGAAAUGAUGUGGUAAUGCCUGCCUGAUUCCACCUCCAGACCCCCAUCAGAGCUCCGGCACUUCCUCCCCGGCCAGGCGCUGCCUCUGCACACAACUUUUGCUGCCUCCCGGUUGGGAUUUGAGGACGGGGGGCGGUUCUCCCGGUGCACGGUACAAGGGGGGGGGGGAGUUCUCCCGGGGGGAGGAGGAGGAGGUGUCCUGACUGGAAGAUGAGCACAGCUGCAGGGGGAAUCCUCCUUCCCAGCCGCUGCGGGAAGUGAUUGCUGCUCCAUGGCCAGUUUAUGGGACCGCAGCGCAUGAUCGCCGCACACCGGAUAAUACGCCGCUGCAGCGCUCGUCACAACAACCAGGGCUGUACAAUGGUGGAUGGUGGUAUAAUCCUUCCUCUGCUCAUCAUGGUAGCCUUUUCAUCUCCUAGUAUAGAAGAUGAGGAGCUGAAGAUGAACUCCGGCCAGUACCAAUGUGUGUGCGAGGGGAUCUCGUGUAGCAGUGGAGAACGCUGUUAUGGGCAGCAGUGCUUCUCCUCACUCAGCAUAAAUGAUGGCGUCUUGGUUUAUCAGAAAGGCUGCUUCCAAGUCUACGAACAAGGGAGGAUGACAUGCAAGACCCCUCCGUCUCCGGACCAGGCCGUAGAAUGCUGUCAGAGUGAUCUCUGCAAUAUCAACAUCACAGCGUCCCUGCCAAGUAAGGGGAGGUCGAUUCCUGGCGAGGCAUUAAAUUACAGCGUGGAGACUCUGGCUAUAUUCGUCCUGGCCCCCGUCAUCGUUUUAAUAGUUCUUUCCGUCGUGGCCCUUCUGGUCUUCCGGAAGAUCCAGCAGCGUCAUAUGGAGAGGUUGAGUACGAGAGAUGCAGAGUACGGCACCAUAGACGGGUUGAUUGCGUCAAAUGUUGGAGACAGCACUCUUGCGGAUCUGCUGGAUCACUCGUGUACGUCUGGCAGUGGAUCUGGACUACCCUUCCUGGUACAGAGAACAGUGGCCCGCCAGAUCACCCUGGCGGAGUGUGUUGGUAAGGGUCGUUACGGGGAAGUCUGGCGUGGCCUCUGGCAAGGCGAAAGUGUGGCAGUGAAGAUUUUUUCAUCGCGGGAUGAGAAAUCCUGGUUCAGAGAGACGGAAUUAUACAACACAGUGCUGCUGAGACAUGAAAAUAUUCUAGGUUUCAUCGCUUCGGACAUGACAUCCAGAAACUCCAGCACUCAGCUGUGGCUGAUUACUCACUAUCAUGAAAUGGGAUCUCUCUAUGAUUACUUGCAAGUGACAACCUUGGACACUGUGAUGUGCCUUCGGAUCGUCUUGUCCAUCGCCAGUGGACUGGCACAUUUACACGUAGAGAUAUUUGGCACCCAGGGAAAGCCCGCCAUUGCACACCGAGAUUUGAAGAGCAAGAACAUUCUUGUGAGGAAGAACGGCCAGUGCUGUAUAGCAGAUCUAGGAUUGGCCGUGAUGCACUCACAAUCCACCAAUCAGCUUGACGUUGGAAAUAACCCCCGGGUGGGGACAAAACGAUACAUGGCUCCAGAAGUUUUAGAUGAGACAAUCCAGGUGGACUGCUUUGACUCUUACAAGAGGGUGGACAUUUGGGCUUUUGGACUGGUCCUCUGGGAAGUUGCCAGACGAAUGAUUAGCAACGGCAUUGUUGAAGACUACAAACCUCCAUUUUAUGAUGUUGUCCCAAAUGAUCCCAGCUUUGAAGAUAUGAGGAAGCUUGUUUGUGUGGAUCAACAAAGACCAAACAUUCCCAACAGAUGGUUCUCAGACCCAACGCUAACAUCACUUGCUAAGCUGAUGAAGGAAUGCUGGUAUCAAAACCCCUCCGCGAGACUCACAGCCUUGCGCAUCAAAAAGACUUUAACCAAAAUUGACAAUUCCUUAGAUAAACUGAAAUCAGACUGCUGAUCCGCUGGCAUUGCCGCCUUAUCCGUGCGUCAAUUGUACGGGGAGGAAAAAAAAAAGGUUAAAAAUACAGUGCUUGCCUGCCAAGGUGUACACUUUGUUUUUCAGUUCUUUUCAUGUGCGACUUUUAAACACAUCCCCGCCUGUUAAGGAGACAAUCCCGCUACAGAACACUGAAACCUCGACGAGUUACUUUAGUGCACAUUUGGCACAGUUCUGCCUUCUAAGCAGCAGCUGCGACAGCUGGAUGAUUGCAAGGAUCCGGAUCUGAAGGGGGCAACGUAGAAAUUUCAGUACCGAUCUGGGCAUUAAAAGGUGAAUUAAGAGGGCAAAAAAAUUUGUGAUCGCUUCUCGGCCACUUCUAAGGAAAUCCCGCGGAUCUUAUCGGAUUUUACCUAGCAAUAUUUUGUGUGCUUCUGUUUGAUUGCACUACAGAUUCCUCGCAUUCCUUACUUGCACUGUAACGGUUUCUUUUUAAACGACAGAUGCCAAAUAUAUGACUGGCCGUGUACAGAUCGAUGUUGCGAAUUAUAAUCAUCCAGUUUUUUGGGAAUGAUGUAAAGAAUAAGAAAAAACAAAA